UCUCUCUUUCUGCAUAGCAUUUCAGUGUGACAGAGCCUGUGUGUGUGAGAGAGAGAAGAAUGGAGAAGUCCAGAAAAAAAUUUGCUGAUACCAUAGAUCAGGCAAUGGUUGCUGCUAAGACAAUGGAUCGCGACAAGCUGCUUUUUUCUUACAAGGGGAUUCUCUACCCUGCUACUUUUUGCAGUCCUGAAGUAUUCAGAGCCAUGGAGUCCCUUGAAGCCAGAAGUGAUGAUAUCAUUUUGGCAGGAUACCCUAAAUCUGGCACAAACUGGGUGGGUCAAAUCUUAAAUGAUCUGGUGGCCAUAUUUGAAAAGAAAACACAGAAUAAAGAAAGCAGCAUGAAUGAUGAAGAACUAGAAGAAUUCCCCUACCUGGAAAUUGGAGAUACUGGGAAGUUUGAGCGAAUGAACAAAUUACCUUCUCGAAGAGUUAUCUUUACUCAUCUCCUUCCUGAAAAUCUUCCCACGUCUAUCUUAAAAAAUAAAGCCAAGAUAUUGUUGCUGAUUCGCAAUCCAAAAGAUGUAGCUACAUCUUUUUACCAUUUCUCCAAUGCCAUGUCUCCUCUUCCCUCCUACGACACCUGGGAUGAUUUCUUUGUAGCUUUCAUGACGAAGAAAAUGCCCUGGGGAUGCUACUUUGAAUACAUUUCCAAAUGGAACAAAUAUGCUGAUGACGAAAAUGUUAUGACAAUAACUUAUGAAGAGCUAAAAGAGAAUCCGGUCCUGAGUGUGAAAAACAUAGCUGCUUUCUUUGGGUUUUCCCUGACUGAAAAAGAGCUUCAGACUGUGGUAGAGAGAAGCAGCUUCCAGUCAAUGAAGAAGAACUCGCAGAAGACCCACGGGGCGUUUGGCAAUCUUCUCUUUCGCAAAGGUGCUGUAAGUGACUGGAAGAAUCUUUUCAGUGAAGAUCAGAAUGAGAAAAUGGACAAAGCAUUUGAAGAACAUAUAGGAAGAACUAAACUGGGAAGAAAGUUAAAGUAUGAAGUGUACUGUAAAGCCUGA